CCCGGCGACCCCUGGAGUCAGGGUCUGUCCGGCCAAGCCGCGGCCCGAGCCUACUGGCGGUCGCCAUGGCAUGCAAUCUGCAGAAGCUGUUUGCUGUGGAAGAGGAGUUUGAGGAUGAGGAUUUCUUGUCGGCUGUGGAGGAUGCAGAGAACCAGUUUGCUGGCUCACGACCUGUAAAUGCCGGGUGCCUAAGACCUGUCUCCUCCCGGCCACAGGAGGCCCAGCUGCUGCCCCGAGUCACUGCCCCAGCAGAAGCUGAGGGCCCGCCAGGCCUGGGAUUCCGCCUUCCUACCUGCGGUGGGCCUAGGGCUACUGGGGAUCCACCUCCCCCAGGAACAGCUCCCCUAAGAUCUGUCUCGACAUCCAGCAGCUGGACUGGCAAUCAGGGAAGAGUGACACUGACAGAAGUGCUCAAAGAGCCAGGAAGACCCCAGGCCUCAGCCUCCCACCCCCAGCUUACCUUCAGGAGCAAACAGCAAGUGAUUGGUGGCUUCGAGGGGCCUGAACAAGAUGAAUUUGAUAAGGUCCUGGCAAGCAUGGAGCUGGAGGGGCCCAGCUUGGAGCUGCAACUUGGAGUUCACAGUGAGGCCACAGGAAUCCCACCCAGCUGGCAGCAGGAGGACUCCACAUUGGCUAAGAAGGCUCGGGUGGCUGAUCUGAGCAGACCUUGUCAAAGGGGGCCUGUGCCUGCCCCCCACGUAACUGGGAUCCCAUCUGCCCAUGAUGCACCCCCAGAUCCCGCAAUCCUCUGCAGGACUCCACAACCUCACUUGAGACCUGGUGCUGUGGGUAACUUUCCUCUCCCAGCUACCUCGAUGGUUCGUGCUCAGCCACCCCCCUGGGAAGUUUCUCCUGUGGGUCCCCCUCCUCGAACACCCCAGCCUCUCCAAGCUGCUGGCAGGCCCAUUCAGAGCAGCCCUCAAAAUCGUUUCCCUGCUCAGCCAUUCCGGUCUCCAAACACCUGUUCAAGUGGCAAACUCCAUUUUCUUAGACCACGGACUCCCAACUCAAGCUGUGCUGCUCCCUCAAAGACCAGCUGUGGACUGUUUCCUCAGAGCCCACCCCAACCCCGAACUUCAGCAUCUUCAGUCCUGUCUCCUGUCUGCACCCUGAAGGGUCCCGGUCCCUCCCUGCUCCCUCAAGCCGUUCUGCAGACGCCCAUUGUCACCAACCACCUGGUGCGGCUGGUCACCGCUGCCAGCCGGACACCCCAGAAACCCACCUGCACCUCCACCCGUGCCAAGACGCGCCGCUUCCCCGGACCAGCAGGGCUCCUGCCUCACCAGCACAGUGGGAAAAAUCUGGACGACAUCAUGGUUUCCACGCCCCAGACUCCGACUCACGGUGCUCUGGCAAAAUUCCGGACAGAGGUUGUUACCAGUUCCCAGGCAUCGGUGGAGGAGGACUUUGGACGAGGGCCCUGGCUGACCAUGAAAUCCACUCUGGGUCUGGAUGAGAGAGAUCCUGCUUGCUUCCUCUGUACCUACAGCAUCAUCAUGGUGCUGCGAAAGGCAGCCCUGAAGCAGCUUCCUGGGAACAAAGUCCCCAACAUGGCAGUGAUGAUCAAGUCCCUGACUCGGAGCGCAAUGGACGCCAGUGCGGUUUUCAAGGACCCCACGGGAGAGAUGCAGGGCACGGUGCACAGGUUGCUGCUGGAGACGCGCCAGAAUGAGCUGAAGCCUGGCUCAGUGCUGCUGCUCAAGCAGAUCGGAGUGUUUUCUCCUUCACUCCGAAACCACUACCUCAACGUGACUCCCAACAACCUGGUCCAUGUUUAUAGUCCAGAUUCUGGAGACGAGAACAUCCUUAAGCCAUCUCAGUCCUUCCCCAAGGACCUCGGAAGCUUCCAUGAAAGCCUCCAGCAAGAGAGUGAGAAGCCUGAGAAAGGCCUCCAAACAGCACAGAACCCAGAGGCAGGGACAUCCCCCAAGAAAGAACUCCCAGAAGCAGAUGACCUGGAUGGACUUCUGAGCGAGCUCCCCGAAGACUUCUUCUGUGGGACCAGCAAUUGGGACCGCCCCAAGGCAGGGCACCCGCCGUGAGCCGGCAGCCUCACAGCAGCCUGGCAGAGCUCUGGCUGUGUCUGCUCACAUGCCUGGGAGAGAGGAGGACCAGCACAGCUGGGGAGCAGGCAGAGUUCUGGGACCUCUGUGGUUCUUCCCACCCUGGACACUUUCCCCGAGAACACCCUUGUCCCUCGGAUUCUGCACUGUCGUCACUUUGGGUCUUCCUUUGGCAAGCGGAACUCUGCUCGGGAUUGGAUCUGCUGUCCUCUAAGCCCUCGGGUACACAUUCCUUCUCGUCCUCCAACAGGGAAGGUGUGUCACUCUCCCACCUCGGCUUGACUUUGGGCCUGGUUCCUUGACUCUCUAGUCCCAGGACAGCGGAGGAGCCAAGGGAAGCCACACCAUAGCAGUGGCGAUCUGUUCCUCUGGACAAGGAAGGAACACACUCAGGCUUCCCUCUUCUUUGUCUCUUAAGGCCUGUAGCUGCCCAGCUCACCUGUGUCCAGGGCUUCAAGGUGCGGGGGCAUGGGUAUGGCUGGGGCAUCUUAUUCUGAAAUAAAAGCAGCCGACUGCUUCA